AUGCAGGAUCCUUCUACUUCUCGUAUCCCAUUGAGACACACGAAAAUCAUUGCGCAUUCCAGCCCACUGCCACCUCAAUCUAUUACCUUUGCCUCUUUGGGUAUCGCGCCUCCCCUCAUCACGGCCAUGGCCGGCAUGUCAAUCCGUGCCCCGACUGAGAUCCAAAGCGCAUGCAUACCACCACUUCUCUCCGGCAAAGAUUGCAUUGGAAAUGCGAAGACUGGUUCUGGAAAGACUAUUGCGUUCGCGCUACCUAUCCUGCAAAAGCUCUACGCAGACCCUCACGGUAUCUUCGCCCUUAUUUUGACGCCCACACGGGAAUUGGCUUUUCAGAUAUCAGAGCAGUUCGCAGUUCUGGGCGGACCGCUGAGCGUUCGCACCGCCAUCAUUGUCGGAGGAAUGGACAUGAUGGCACAAGCCGUAGAGCUCAAGAACCGUCCCCAUGUUGUUGUCGCGACUCCGGGCCGUCUGGCAGAUCAUCUUCGUAGCAGCAGUGCCGAGUGGGAUCUUUCUCGUGUGCGCUUUCUGGUGCUUGACGAGGCCGACCGUCUGCUGACCUCGACUUUUGCGGAUGACCUCGCUUCUCUGUUCAAGGUGCUUCCGCGUGAACGGCAAACUGCGCUCUUCACUGCGACUUGGACGCCUGCUGUCAGCGAUGUCGCCGAUGCACCGCCGCGGCCCGGUAAAGAAAAGCCAUUCAUUCAUAGGAUAACCUCAUUGAGCGAAACGGUUGAGACCCUCAAGCAAUUCUAUCUUCUCGUGCCCUCGCACGUACGCGAGGUUUAUCUAUUCUAUCUGCUUACGCAUAUCCCGAACGACAUCUCACAUCUACGAAGAGCCGUUCCUGAGCCAACUAACGAGAAGGCCAAAAAGGAGCCGAAAGCGAAAAGGGCAAAGAAGUUGGCUGAUGCGGGAGACAUGUUCGAACAACCUCCGCCAACCAUCAUAUUCUGUGCCCGGGCCAAAUCAGCAGCAUAUGUGACGGGCUUGUUGCAAACCCUCGGCAUACGUUCGACAGCACUACAUUCAAGACUGACGCAGCGCGAGCGCCUGACCUCGCUACAGCUCUUCCGGUCGUGUGUAGUACCGGUACUAGUAUCCACCGAUGUAGGGGCUCGAGGCUUGGACAUCACAGAUGUGGCGCUCGUCGUGAAUUGGGAUCUCCCGGACGAUGCUGAGGAGUAUACGCACAGAGUAGGUCGUACAGCUCGCGCGGGGAAGACCGGGAUGGCUGUCAGUUUCGUGUGCGAACACGAUGAAGAACGGGUGCUGAAUAUCGAGGGGCGUAUUCAGACCAAACUUAUGGAGAUGGAAUUUCCCGAGGAAACGGUACUGGAAAAGCUGAACAAGGUGUCCACCGCUAAGCGCCAAGCGUAUAUGGAUUUACACGACGGUGAUUUCGGAAAGCGAGAGGCGACACACAAGGCAAAGGCAAGGGCUUGA